AUGACAGAAAUAAUUUCCAAUGCUUCAAAUGGUUCCUCUUCUCAAAACCCAACUUUACCCAUAGAAGUAGCAUCAUCAUCAACUUUUAAACCAACUUUACGUCGUAAUCCUUUUGCAUUACAAGAGUAUUUACAGUCUUUAUUACGAAAUCAUAAAGAUGAUUUAGACUUAUUAGUGAAAUUACCAGCUGGUCAGAGUGAAGAAGCGUGGCAAUAUGAACAUCUAAGACAAUUAUGCCUUGAACUUAAUUAUUUGGUAGUACAACUUGAACCAGAAUGUAAUAAGCAAACAUGCCCUGAAAUGAAAGCAGACGAAUGGAUGUAUAGAUCUACAAAUUUAUUGAAUAGUCAUAAAUCUUUUCCUAGCAGAUUGUCAAUUCCAGAUACUUCAGUAAAACAUUAUCAGUCUAUUGCUAGAAGAUUAUACAGAAUAUUUGCACAUGCAUGGUUUCAUCAUAGAGAAAUAUUUAAAGAAUUUGAGUCUAUUGAAAAGUCAGAUACAUCAUCAUAA